AUGUACCGUAUACCGAAUGGGGCAUCGGGACAGUCCCUGAAAGCCCGUGCCGUACAAGUAUCGGCCCUAGCUAAAUCUGGUAAUCGCGAGUUGGACGACGAUUUGCUUUAUCAGGAUAGACAUUCAAUCCGCACAGCAUCACAGUGGAUUGGACCAGUCUUGGAGGAUCUUCAGUUAGCAUACCGGCAAGUUUCAACCGAAUGCAACUCCGUCACCGACAAUUCCCUAGUUGAUACAAGAGAGCUUGUUGGUCGUAUUUGA